UACUUGCUUGAUGCUUCGUGCAUCAGGUGCUUGGCUGGGCUGCGGGAACCAUGUACCCCAGGAAACAGGUCACCUUUCAGGAGCGAGGGUCGGGUUGGCAAGAUCUACAGGAGCCACCCAAGGCGAGCAGAGCGAGAAGGACACCAGGAUUUCAAACUCCGAAACUUCAUGAUACAGCUGGACUGGUGUGUCCACCGAUGGUAAAAGCACCUGAAACAAAGGAAUGGAAAGCUAAGGAGAAUCGUGGCAUGUUGCAGCAAUUGUCGCUCAGUCCACAGCUGAAAACGAUACACAUUCCCAGAUCAAUGGAGACAGCCCCUUUUCUGCAGCACCCAAGCUUAAAAACAGGGCAGAAGCGAUAUCUAUUUAGUAUUGCUAACAUCUACAGCACAGAUCAUAUGCGUAGGCUGAUGGAGAAGCAAUACUUAAAUAUGCUGCAGUGCCGCACAAAGCUUGGGUAUAUAACCUCACAUCAAUCUCAGAAAUACUCUAAUUAUAUCAGAAAGCAAUCCCAAAAAGAAACAUGGAGGCAAAAUAGCAGCAAGUUGUCUACAGCUCAGAGCUCAGUGAAAGAGUCACCACCCUUGCAACCCAGAAAACCAGUUUCUCUCCCUAUGUUGGGAGGUAGCAGUCAGAGACACUUACAUGGAAAAAGAAUACAAUAGGAUUCCAUGAAAAACUGUACAUAAACAAAGACUGACAAAGAACCAAAGUGCAAAAGAAGACAAACUGCAAAUAAAAAAUACUUAACUAGAGUUGUAAAGUGUCCUUGAAAAUGUGUCUGUAGGUUGUAAGAUUAAAUUGCACCUGUAAUGUUAAGAUAUUAAGGUGGUCCCUCAGAUUGACAGAACUUGCUUCUAUUACAGUUGGAUUCAAACAUGAUGCUCGUGGCCGAUGAGAGCCACUCAUUUUACAACAUCUGAGACAACAGGUGCUCCAGGUGGUAGUUUCCUGAGAGUGCCCUCCUUUCACUGUUUAUACUGGCUUCUCUGUGUAUGGAAGAUGUUCUCAGUAACAUCCUGUACUUUCUUUCUCCUGGAGUUUCCAGGAGUCUGUGGGCAAUUUUUUUCCUAGUGAGGUGAUUUUGAAUUGAUUCUUGGUAAUCACCUCCUGUGACAGCAAACGGAACAAUGUGCAUGUUUUGUGAGUCUGGUUUUAGAUGGGCAACAUGGCUUAUCCAUUCAAGCCAACAAUGCAAAUCACAGCUCGAUGCAGGUUCUCCCACUGAAUUUGGAGCAUUUUACAGCGGUAGUUAAUUUUAUAGUGCCAUAUUUGCUAAUCCAAGAAUCAAAAUCUCACAGGAGGGCAGACGUGCCUCAAUUUUUGUGCUGAGUUGAUGUCUUGAUCUCAGGUUCCAAAAGCAUAAUAGACACUAGAUCUUGUCAAGAUUCUAAUUUAUUGAGUUAGUUAGACCAAACUCUUUAAAAUGAGUGGAUUGCUGCACAACGCAUUACGCGAAUGCAAGGGCAUCUUUCAGUGUGAUAAAGUUCUAUGUGUUUCUGGUACUGUCAUCACAGAUCAUACCUAUAAAGGCUAGAGCAUUUUGCUUUUUCAGAGAUACACAAGAUAACGGUGUAACAGAAAAGAAGUUGCAUUGCUUCAAAGUUAUAGGUUGUAUUUUGGAGCUUCAGCCAUGGUUAAAGCAACUAAGAUCAGGUCCAAAUGAAAUUUGAAUAUGUAAAUAAUCACAGUGCAAAUGCAGUUAUGUGAAAAGGUAAAAAAACAGUCCAGAAUGGCAGCACUGCCUCAAUAGGUGAUGCAUGCUAGACAGAAGCAGAAAAUUCCCUGAAAUCUGCCACAUACAGUGAAGUAAUUUGCUUCAGUGUAUGUGGCAACCUGUCCAAAUGGCUGACAAAUCAACAUGCAUGCAUGCACACACACACACACACACACACACACACACACACACACAACAGUGCUAAUAUUUUCUUAACAAAUCAUGAGGCUGGUAAAAUAGGGCAUCUUCUUGAAGUCAGGUAACUCUUUUCUCCUGAAGAUAAUGAAGCUCCUAUAGUAUUCCUUAAACCAGUGUAGUAAUGUUCUAAAAAUAGUCUUCACAGAAAUUGUAUCCACUGCUCUACAAACUAACAUUAGUCAGAAAUUAAUCCAAGUUGUCAUUUCAUCCCAAGUUUUUAAAAAUCAGCAUACAAAUAUGCCUUAGUUAUUGCUUCCUUACCAGUACAAAACAGAAAAAAAUGGCUACCUGCUGAUACACGGAAGUAUCUUAAUACAGUACUUUUAAUUUGAAGUG